AUGCCCUCUCAUACCCCUACCGCGCCCCGUAGGGGCACCGUAAUGACGGAGGACACCUUCCACGCUAUGGCUGACGCCGAGAACCCCCCAUCCUUGGCCGUCUCGGACGUCUAUCAGGCACUGAUCGAUGAAUCGGCAGGAUUAGCUCCUCUCAGGGAUGCUGAAGUAUCCGAGGUUUUUUGUUACCGCCGCAAUGGCUCGAGAGGCCGUGAAUACUAUCUGAUGUUAAACAUGCGGCUACUUUCGUCAUACAGCCAAGCACGUGGAGCGAGCACCGUCGUAUGGGCAUGCGCUGAGAGGGUCCCGAGCACCGAAGGACGUAGUAUUAUUGACGUCAUUCGAAGGGUGUAUGUGGCUUGGGACAACAUCAAGUUCUCAUAUCAUAUCGCGGCGAUCCGGGGACUGAACGAUGUCGAUGUCCCCAUCGUGAAGCUCUACUGCAAUAACGUCAAGUUUAUCCAUGCUGCCCACGUAUUCAACAUCACCCACGAUCACUCUCGGCACUACCACCCAACAAGCUUUAACCGUUGGUGGUUUGCCAUAGUUAGCAUCGGCGCCCUACGUCAUUUGGACCAGAAUAACGAUUCGAUCCAGUUCCCCAACAAGAAUUAUAUCAAAGCCGCUGCAAAAGCCGUGCGCGAUACGAAGGAGAUAACGAAGCGAGUGACGCUCGAAUUCUUCUCCACGUGGGACGUUCGGAGCGCUGCCGAUCUCGGCAAUGAAGCAACGUGGGAGCCUCGUCGUGAUCAUCCUCCAACAGCGGAAUUUCUUCCCCAGCGCCCUCGUCAACACAUUCCGACUCGACCGGCUCUAUUGUUUCAACCCGUUUUGUCCACUUUGCCUGAAUCUACUCUGGAUGAAUCCACUCUGACUGAUUCCACUCUGACUGAUUCCGCUCUGACUGAUUCCGCUCGACCUGAUUCCACUCUGCCCCAAAUCACGCCAGGUGCGCUCUCCAAUACCGGCACGUCGCUUUAUCCAGUAUCCCCUUUGAUCCAGCCAGUGGCUCAACCUCAACCCGCUCUGGGAUCCUUUGAGACAGAUUCCGGGAAUGCUCACGAUGCUAUUGAGCUAAUCAAUGAUGAUGCUAUGUUCUCUCCUAUCCUUGCCAAGCCUCGCAGAAGCUUUGUGAUGACAGGGAACACCUUCCACGCCAUGGCUGACUCCAAUCAGCCCCCAUCUCUUGCAGUUUCAGACGUCCACCAGGCACUCCUCGACGAGUCGGCUGGAUUAGCGUUUCUCAGGGAUGCCGAAGUGAUCAAUGUUCUUUGUUACCACCGCGAUGGCACGGGGGCCCAUGAUUAUCUUAUGUUACACAUCCGGCUAGGCCAAGGCGCCAUUGUGCUGGCACGGGCUGAGAGGGUUCCGAGCACGCAAGAACGCGGGAUCGGAAUGGUUCCGAGGGGCUCGGCGGCAUGGGAUAAUAUCAAGUUCUCAUAUUAUCCCUCCGCUAUUCGGGGCCCUGGAGAUAUCCCGAUCAUGAUACUCCGUUGCCACAACGUCAAAUUGGUCCACUGCACCCAGUUAUUUAGCAUCAUCCAUGGUCACUCCCAGGAAUAUGAUGCAAAAAGUUUCAACUGCUGGUGGUUCGCUGCAGUUAGCAUCGGUGCUCUGCGUCAUUUAGACCAUAGGAAUGAUUGGUUCAAGCUUCCCAGCAAAGAUUGGAUUUAUGCCGCUGUAAGAAUCGUGGGCAGCAAUAUGAAGGAAGUAACGAACAAUGUGACCCACGAGUUUCUCCGAAAAGUUGUCGAUCUGAGCAAUGAAGCCACUUGGGAGCAUAGUCGUGAUCCUCCCUCGGGAACAGAGUUUCUGCUUCGACCCCCACCUCAACCCGACCCUCUCCCUCAUCCCAUCUCAAUACCUCAACCUACACUUAUACCUCACCAUCAGCCCACUCUGCCAAGCAGCCUUCCGCCAUCUUCCCCAUCGACGGAAAUUCAUUCCAAUCAUGGCUCUGUCUAUCCACCGCCUAUCAUAGUAUCAAGAGACCUCGGAAUCGAUCUGGUGCAGGAUGUUGUGGUGACCCAUGAUAUCGAGGUUUAUAAAGUAUUAGUCGUUGGGCAUAAGUCUGCCGUCUCUUCAGGGGAGUUAUUGCGGGUCUUGGAGACAAUAUGGGGGGGUAAUCGAGCACAGCUCAAGGACGGGGUUUUGUUAUUCUUGCACACAUGGGUGUUGUUGGGAUUCCUUGACGGUUCAUUCACCUCGGAGGUCCUGAGACUUGUGGACGAGUUCUCGGGCAGUCCACCAUUUAGCGGUCGUCAAGAGAUAUGGCAGAUUCAGAAUGCCCUGACCGAAUCGGCCCUGACAAGACCCUCACCUCCUUUCCCUGUGAGGAAGCGACCCUUGGCAAUCAAUGGAUCCGGGUCGAUCAUCGCGCCCGGCGCUUCAGGGAAACAAAAGAUCAAGGGGAAGACUAUUGGCGAAAUGGACUCGAAUGAUCUCCUUGGGUUAGCAAAGGCUUUGCUUGAGAAGGAGGUAGACGAUCUCGAACAUCUUACCAUGCCUCGUGCUGUCAAAUUGCUGAUAGACUGGCGAAACGAUCCAGAAGCAUCGGACUCGAUACUAUUCUCUCCCUUGGCAAAACAGAUCCAAGACUGGGUCAAUGAGGAGUGCCUGAAUAAAAACCACAAGGUUCGGCAGAAGGCAUUCCAGUCGUUCUACCUUCUGGCAUGCGAAUGCGAAAAGCUAGGGGAUUUUGCUAGUUCCCAUGCUAUCGCCCGCACCCUUUGCGGGAAGUACCUUAAGAAAUUCGAACUUAUUCAGGCUCAUGCUGUAAAUUUAGUGGGAGGUUCAGAAGGGCUACAGGACGCACUGCAACGCCUUUCCGAACCCUCGCGGACAACAAUUCCUCCGAUAGACUACCGAUUGCGACAACUUCUACCGUUGUUCCACGCCAUCCGGGAUGAUGUUGCCACAGUUAACUGGGAGGCUUGCAAGUUGUUCUAUCAAAGUUUGGUGCAGGAGCUUCGACGACCCGUUCUUCCACCUCCGGAAGCCAACAUUGAUGAGUCUUAUCAUGAAGUCCUUCACGAAAGGAUGUAUGAAGCGUUUUUGCAUCGUUCUAACCACCAGAGUCUCAGUGAACACCUUUCUGCACAUGAGGGCCGCGAGAUGGAGCAGAUGAGAGCUUGGGAGCAUAAUCAUGAUCCUACCUCGGGAACAGAGGUUCUGCUUCGACCAUUUCAACCCAAUUUUCUGCCCCAUCCCAUCCCAACGCCUCAACCCACUCUCAUGCCUCAGCCCACUCUUGUGCUUCAACCUCAACUUACUCCGGAUUUCUUUGAGACAGAAUCCGGAUGGAAUGCUCUAGAUGCUAUCCAGCCAAUCAAGGAUGAUGGGGUUACCAGCUUGACGGAGCACACCUUCCAUGCCAUGGCUAACUCCACACAGCCCCAAUCGCUUGCAAUUUCAGACCUUCAUCAAGCACUCAUCGAUGAGCCAGCUGAAUUAGCAUUUCUUAGGGAUGCUGAAGUGACCGAUGUUGUUUUAUACCACCGUGAUGGCAUAAGUCAGGAACAGAUAUCUGGCGGACCUCGUCUCACUGAUAACAUAACUAGUAUGGCGGCCCAUGAUUAUCUCAUGCUACGCAUGCGGCUGGGUUCAGGCAGCAUCGUGUGGGCACGGGCUGAGAGGGUCCCAAGCAUGCAAGAACGUGGAACUAUCCAAGACAUCGCAUGCGACAUUAUCACGUUCUCAUAUCAUGCCCACGCAAUUCGGGGCCCUGAAGAUGGCCCCGUCAUGACUCUUCGUUGUAGCAGUCUCAACUUUGUCCUCUCCACCCUGUUGUUCAGCAUCAUCCACCGUCAUUCUCAGGAGUAUCACACAACAAGCUUGUGGUUUGCCGCAGUUAGCAUCGGUACUCUGCACCAUUUAGACGAGGGGAAUGAUUGGAUCGGGUUUCCUAGCAAGGUUUGGAUCGGAGCCGCUGCGAGGGUCAUCAACGGCAGUGCAAAGGAAGUAACGAAAAAUGUGACGCACACAUUUCUUUCCCUGUGCAACAUCCGAAAAGUUGUGGAUCUGAGCAACGAAGCAACCUGGGGGCAUUGUCAUGAUCUUUCCCCGAGAACAGAGUUUCUACCUCAACCUCCUCAACCGCAACCCACUCUAGGUUCCCCCGAGACGGAAUCCAGACGGAAUCCAGAUGCUAUUGAUUCAAUCGAGAAUACCGACACAGGUCUCCUACCCCUUCCCUUCUUUGAGACGGAAUCCAGAUGGGAUGUCCAAGAUGCUGAGCCAAUCGGGGAUGACGAGAGCAUCAACACGGAUCAGCCCUUUCUCAAGCGGACCUCCACUACCUUUUCUGUUUUCACCAACUUCUCCACCAUCUCUGACUUUUCAACUUUUACCCAAGGUUCGGUUCUAUCAACCCGGAGUGCUGGGGAGAUAUUCUUACUCAAAGAUCUUUGCGAGAAAGUCAUUGAAAAGCACCUAUCGCUUCAAUCAGCCAGGAUUGUCAGCACAUCCUGCUAUUCUCAGUAUCGGGCCAUUCUCCUACAUCGUUUCCUUAUCUUAGAGCUACGACGUCCCGGGAAAAGGGAUGUAUGGCUGCGAAUCGAACGGAGAGCUGGACUGGGUCCUCUCUCACUUGCACGACAACUCGGCAAAUCUCGUGCCAGAGAUACAGCUCAGCUCUCAGCAAGUAAAGAAGUCCUCGCAGGAGCGGCACAAGAAGAAAACAUUCAAGAAUUUAAAAGACCACCCUCUCUCGCCGAAUUUGGUGAUUAUCUUCGAAUCAUCUGUGAAGAGCUGUUGGAGUAUACAAUUUGGCAGGAAAACUGUUGGAUGUUCUGUUCACUGCUGCAAGAGCAUCUCGGAGGCUCAGGAAGCGGGCACUACACGUCCGGAUGCCCAGUUGCUCCCAACAUGGCGUCCACUGUCCGAGACAGAAUAUCAGAGCGAGUGGCAGCCCAUGUAUCAUCCAAUGCAGUAUAG